AUACAAAGGUUUGUAUCGAUUAAUUUUUUUAUAUGCCCAAUUCGACAAAGUUUUCUUAUUUGGCAGCGAUGACGGUGAUGAUAAAUAUAAUAAUCUACGUGCAGCAACGAUUGGACUAAACAACAAUCGACUUCUAAAUAACAAUGGAUGAAAUUUUCCUACCACUUGUAUGGUUGAACUACGGAAAUAUUGGCCAACAACAAUUUCAAUGGGUAACAACAUUCGAUUCAGCUCAAAAAACUGGUUAUACGAUCUACACACACACACACACACCGGUAACGACAAACUCGUUUUCUGAAUCUUUACGGGUAUCGGGUUAAAAUAUCACUGUUUACAGCUGAUCAAUCAUCAUUUGUCCACGCGUGAGAUAACGUCACGUUGAAAUUCGUGUGAUGUGGCAAUGCAUGCAUGUGGAUGUAUUUCAUUUCAUGUGAUUUUUCAUCAUUUUUUUUUACUAUUUCUACCACCGAAAGACCAUGAAAGUCGACAUGGAAUUGAUUGGACCAAAAAUUUUUUUUUCUUGUUUUCCAAAAGUCAAAUCUUGAGUGUUAUUUUAAAUGAAUGAGAUCUUUUUUUUAGAAUUUUAAUUUUGUUUUGAAUUUGAAUAAUUUGUAUUUGAUUGAGAGUAAAUAAAAAGACCAGGCCAUGCGAAUAGCAAAUCAUAACAAUUUCUUUUUCAAUUCAAUCCAAAAUCUAGCUCGAUCAUGUGCUAAACAAAAAGAAUGUCCAACCGAUGCAAUAAAUUUCUUGCUUAGUUGCUGUCCAUCACUUCCAUCAUCAUCAUCAUCAUCACAUAUUCCUCGUGUACAAAUUGAUCAAAAAUCACAAGAUUCAGUUGUUGCUUUAAUCAUUUUUCUGAUUGAAUCAAAUUUCCAUCAACGUUAUCGUGAUGAUAUUGUGGAUUAUUUGCUAGAUUUACUCGACAAAUUGAUUGAUGCCGAUUGGAUUGAAGAGAUUAAAAUCUAUGAACAAGAUCGUAUACCGAUUGCCGAAAGAUUCAGUUUCUGUGUGAAUACUGCACUUACUGAUGUUGCUUAUUUCUGUCCAGAACUUACCAGAAAAAUUAUUGACAGACAAAUUGAUCUAUUAGAACGAUUGACCAACUUGCUUAUUGAAUUUCAACUAAAUAUUGUAGCUGACGAUUGUAUCAGACUUUGUGGCCAUUUAUUACCAAUAUUUCUUGGUCUUUGUCGAUCAAUUGGUCGUUGUUCGGCUGCCAAACGUAACGAUACAAAAGAAUCAUUAUUUUUGAAAUUAUUUCCAGCGAAAUGGCAACCACCACAAUCGGAUCUAUCACAAGAACCAUCAUUAGAUGCUGACAAGAUUACCAUAAAUGUGCCGACAAUAAAUUCAUCAAUAGGACGGAAAAGUAUUCCAAAAAGUGAUACUAGUCAAUCAUUACGUUCGAAAAGUUUAUUAUUAUUGGAUAACCACCACCAUAAUCAUCAAAACAGUGGCGAACAACAUAAACGAAUUUGGGAAGAUGUAGAUUAUCCGAGUAUUUUUUUCCAUAAAUAUGGUUCCAAUUUCGAUUGGUUUGUCGAUGAUUAUUCCACAUAUUUUCGUAAUGUCGAACAAUUUAAAAAAAAUUUCACAUAUGAUCAUUUACAACGAUUAUUCGUUGUGUUUAACGCAUUGCUCAACAAAGAUUUAUUGAAAACAUUCGAUGAUGUUGCAGCCAAAGUAUAUGAGCAAAAUAAAUUACGAAUAUUUCAUUAUAAACAAUUCAACGAAAUUGUCCAUCUGGCUGUCAUUGCAUUAUUGAAAAGUUUGCUAUUUUUACGUACUGAUCUAAGUCCAGAAUUUAUUGCUGAAAUUGAAGAAUUUGUUAAACUUCUUUAUCUGAGUUGUCAAUCAGAAUUGAGUAUUAAAAAUCAAUCAAAUGUAUCGUCAUCGUCAUCAUCGAUCAAAGUAUUCAAAUUUAAUGUUCUUACCAAUGCCCUUUGUUUGGAUCUAUUAGUUUGGACAGCUCAAGAUGAAACUACAGCUGAUACACUUAGUUUUCGAAUAUCUGAACGUUUAAAUGCAACACAUGGUCAUCGAUUAGUUGUCACACAUUUGCCUAUAUUUUUAUCCUGUCUAAAUGGCCUCGGCUAUCUGGUACAAUCAUUUCCAACGGCAGCAGUCAGUUGUAUAUCUGUGUUACGUGAUUUUCUUAUUGUUCCAUCACCAAUAUUGUUGAAAUUAUCGGAACAAAAACAUCAUGGUCAAAAUUUAGAAUCAGGUUCAAGUUUUACCGAUUCAUUAAGCAUCACUAUAAGUGAUUAUAAUGGAAAAUCAAUGGCCAUUAAUUAUUCGAUUCUAGGUGAAAAAUCUACUUUAUUCAACAAAUUACGUGAUUGUGCCAUUGAUAAUCUUUGCAUAUGUUUACGACAUGGUCUUAAAUAUGAUUCACAUUGCAUACAAGCAGCAAUAGCAUCCAUAUCAAAUCAUUUAUAUCAGGCAGAAAAAUCAGCAAGAGAAUCUACGAUAAUUUCAAUGAAUACAAUUGUAACAUUGGGACGAAUGGCAAUAAAAUUAUCGGAUAUUCCACGUACCGUUGAGAUUGUAUUUCAAUUUUUUCAACAACGUUUUUGUCAACCAGUUUCCGGUAUUGAUUCAUUAAUCGUAGAACAAUUAAGUGAAAUGGCCAUUGCUGACCGAUGUCGUGAUGUUGUUUAUGAUCAUGCAAUGAAAAUGUUUGCCACUAUAACCAUACAAUCAAGUGCAGCCUAUAGUAAUGAUAUGAAUGAUUAUAAAAAUAGUUAUCGUCAUGUAUCGUUGGCUGUGAUCAAUUCAUAUGGUUAUUUUGCUCGUCGUUUAUAUAAAGAAUCCGAUUUGAUUGAUUUAUUGGGCCGUCUAUUGGAAUUAUUCGUACAGCUUGGCCUGGAAAGUAAACGUGCAAAUGAAAAGAAUCCAACGCUGGUGAAAACUUCAACCAGUGCUGGUAAUCUUGGCAUUCUCAUACCGGUUAUUGCUACAAUAACGAAACGAUUACCAUUCCUGGAGAAUCCAAAACCCCGGUUACAUAAAUUAUUUCGUGAUUUUUGGCUUUAUUGUGUUGUCAUGGGUUUCACUUCGAAUACAUCACUGUGGCCACAAGAUUGGUAUAUUGGUGUGAAAGAAAUUGCUGCCAAAUCACCAUUAUUGAAAUCAUCAUCACAUUUACGAUCAGAUUUACAUUUGAAUUCCGCCAUUCGAAAUGAUGCCGUAUCUGGUCUGGAAUUACAAGAAAUUCGAAAUCAAAUUCUUGGUGAUCUGGAAUAUAAUUCUGAAGUAUCAGCAAUUAUAAAUAAAUUAACAUUUGCACAAUGUAUUUAUCUAUUGUCCAUUUGUCGUCUAGAAGUAUUUCGUGUUCAAACGAAUUUUUCAAUCAAUCCAUUCUAUAUAAUCAUGCAAUAUCUUGAAGAUCAUUCCAUACAGAAAGAUAAAUACGGUAUUUGGCAAUGUAUAUUGAGCAUUUCGGAUAAAAUAUUCAAUGUUUUUCUCGAUAUGAUGGUGAAAAAACCAAAAAACAAAACCCGUGAUAAUGAAUUGGAAGAAUAUUCAAUCCUGUUGUUGGUCAAGUUUAAUAAUCGACAAAAACAAAUACGUCGUGCUGCUGAUCGUUAUCUGUCCGGUUUGGUUGAUCGUUUUCCACAUCUACUGUGGAGCAAACGUGUACUGACAACAAUGUUGAAUAUUCUUGAAGUAUUGGGUCAUUCGUUGGAAUUUAAUCACAUGGAAGGUAUUGUUGAACUACAAGUACCAGAUACAAAUUAUUUAAUACAAUUAGCUGAAACAAUGGAAGCAAGAGAAAGUAUUGUCCGAGAUUUUGGUGCACGUUGUGAAGGCAUUAUACAGGAGGCGGUAAAAUGGGCGCCAAAUAUAACCCGUUCACAUCUGCAAGAAUAUAUGACAAAUUCACGUACAGCAUUGGAUGAUUUUGGUCAACAUAGUGGUCUAACAUUAGCCGUACAUUCAAUAGCAAAUUGUUCGGCACCGAAUGAAAAAAUUACAUUACCAACGACGACGAUGAUGGUUCAAGCGGGUAAAAUACCAUUUUUUGUUCGUAAUAAAUGUUCAGAAUUCAUAUCGACCACUAGUAUUCGAACAUAUUAUUUGGGUGAAAUAUCCGGCAUGUUGGCUCAAACAGUGCAACAAAAAUCGAAAAAAGAUAUUAUCAAUAAAUUGAUUGCUGAAUUUCAACAAAGUUGUAAUCUUGGUGAUGUUUACUUGCAUGAAGAAUGUAUUUAUCGAAUCACGGCAAUGAUUAUUUUAUCACCGGAAUGUGAUCUACAUCUAUUUCAUCUAUUAUGUUGGGCACCUGUUUAUCUGUUUUCACACAAAACGAUCUAUUCAAUUAUUUCAUCAUGGAAAUGGCUACUAUCAGCUCGUUCGGAUCUUGAAUUAAUGUUCACAAAAGAAAUGUCCGCAGCAUGGGUGGCAACAUUUGAUAAGAAAAUUGGUUUGUUUGCACCAGAUUCAAUCAAUGUGGAUCCAUUAUCUUGUAGUGAUGAUUUGCAACUAAAACCAGAUACACCAUAUCUUGGAGCUCAUGCUGAAUGGGUUAAAUUUCUAAAUGAACGUAUUGAAAUUGCAAAAUAUUCAUCAUUAGAUCAGGUGGAAAUAUUCGUCAAUCUUCUUCAUCGAUCAUUACAUAUGAGCGUUGGUCGUGUUUAUUAUAGUACACGUAAUAUAUCGACGAUUGGCACAAGAUUUCGUUUACUAAAUUGUGGCCUAUCAUUGGUUCAAGGUGAAACAAUGCUGAAUUCAGUUAGUAAAUUUGUACUACGUGAACGAAUAUAUUCGGCCGCUAUUGAUUAUUUUUGUGGACCACAAAUUUGUCCAUCACAAAAAAGUACUGAACUACGUGAAGAUAUUGUUUCGUUGAUUAAAUUCUGGCAAUCAUUGCAUGCUGAUCGUAAAUAUUUGAAAACGGUUAAUGUACCGGAUUUAAAUUCUGCUGAUAAUAUUUCACAAUCAUUACAUUUGAAUGCUGAUCAACGUAGUCUGUCGAUUGAUACGAAUCUGAAUCAAAGUCGUAUAACACCAACUGGUGGUUGGAUCAACACUGUACCAUUGUCCAGUAAUGUAUCGACAAUAUCGAAACGUUCAUCGGCAUUUAAAGGAUCACAUUAUAAAAAUAAAGAAAAUAAUGGUUAUCUAGAUUGUUUUCUCAAAGACUAUAUUCGUAAACGAAAUUUGGUGCUCAGUUUAUUGGCUAUUGAAAUUGAAUUUCUUAUCUCUUGGUAUAAUCCACUCAAUUUAUCGGAUUUAGCCAUACCCGGCGAAGAAACCGUAUUGAAAUGGUUUAAUCAACCAAUGAAUCAACGAAAUCUACGUGAAAUUGUACGAUUGGCAUGGAAUAUUUCACCAUCAUUGGCAGUGUUUUUACCAUGUAGAUUUAAGAAUACGGAAAUUGUACAAGAAAUUUCACGUUUAGUACAGAUUUAUCCUAUGGCUGUUUGUCAUAUUCCAGAAGCACUUGAUUAUCUAGUCACCAGUGAUAUGAUUCUAAAUGAAAGAUUAGAGCUCAACUAUAUGCUGACAUGGGCACCAAUUACACCGAUAAAAGCAUUGUCAUUUUUUUCACGUAAAUAUCCCAAUCAUCCAAUAACGGUACAAUUUGCCAUACGGAAUUUAUUUCAAACAAAACCUGAUGUCAUCAUGAUGUUUAUACCACAAUUAUUACAAGCUGUUCGUUAUGAUGCGAUUGGCUACAUAACUGAAUUCAUUAAAUCAAUUGCUAAAAUAUCACAAUUAUUGGCACAUCAAUUCAUUUGGAAUAUGAACACAAAUUUGUAUAAAGAUGAAGAAGGAGUGAUAAAAGAUCUUGAUGUUUAUGAUCAAUACGAAAUGAUUAUCAAUUCAAUUGUCAAUUCAUUGUCUGGACCGGCGAAAGCAUUCUAUGAGAAAGAAUUUGAUUUUUUCGGUAAAGUUACAAAUAUUUCCGGUGAAAUACGUCCAUAUCCAAAAGGCGAGGAAAGAAAAAAUGCACUUUUACGUUGUCUUUCACGUAUUGAUGUUCAAUUAGGCUGUUAUUUGCCUUCGAAACCAGAAGCAUUAGUUAUUGAUAUUGAUCGAUUAACUGGUGUACCGUUACAAAGUGCUGCUAAAGCACCGUUUUUGGCACGAUUUAAAAUUAUUUAUUGUGGCCAAGAUCAAUUGGAAUCAUUGGCAAUGAAUGAUGAUAAUCAGGAUGAUCAAUAUCUUCGAUCAAUGGGCCAAGAAAUGUGGGAAGCAGCCAUUUUUAAAGUUGGUGAUGAUGUACGCCAGGAUAUGCUUGCAUUACAGAUCAUUAAAUUAUUCAAGAAUGUAUUCAAAAAAGUUGGACUUGAUCUUUUCCUUUAUCCAUAUCGUGUUGUGGCCACAGCUCCUGGUUGUGGUGUUAUCGAAUGUGUACCGAAUGCUAAAUCACGUGAUCAAUUGGGCCGUAAAACGGAUAUUUCGCUUUAUGAUUAUUUUCUCACCAUCUAUGGUGAUGAAUCAUCUGGUCGUUUUCAAGAAGCUCGUGCUAAUUUCGUUAAAAGUAUGGCUGCAUAUAGUGUGGUUGGUUUCUUGUUGCAAAUCAAAGAUCGUCAUAAUGGUAACAUUAUGAUUGAUGAAGAUGGACACAUUGUUCAUAUUGAUUUUGGUUUCAUGUUUGAAAGUUCACCAGGUGGAAAUUUAGGAUUUGAACCAGACAUUAAACUUACUGAUGAAAUGGUACAAGUAAUGGGUGGCAAGAUUGAUGCACCGGCAUUUCAAUGGUUCGAAAUACUUUGUGUACAAGCAUAUCUUGCCGUACGGCCAUAUCGUGAAUCAAUAAUCACAUUAGUAUCAUUAAUGCUUGAUACUGGGCUACCAUGUUUUCGUGGCCAAACAGUUAAACAGCUGACUACACGUUUUUGUCCCGAAUAUAAUGAUAAAGAUGCUGCAACAUAUAUGUUACAAAUUAUUCGUGAUUCAUUCCUUAAUUUACGUACACGUACCUAUGAUAUGAUACAAUAUUAUCAGAAUCAAAUUCCUUAUUAAUUUUUAUGCGUGUGUGUGUUUGAUGAAAUCAAAUUGUUUGUUAUUUGUCAUUUGUCUCAUUAGCAUAAAUUAUUUGUUGUUGUUCUGUUUUGUUUUGUUUUGUUUUCUGUUGUCUAUUUUCAAAUAUCAUGUGUGCAUCAUCAUCACCAAUCAUCAUGUUAUAUUUAUAUAUUCAAUAAAAGAAAAUUAGUCCACUAAUAACCGUGUGGUUAUUUUUAUUUCCACCUAUAACAAUCCAAUCUAUAAUAACUGGUAGUAUCCGUUAUACUCGAUUAACUUAUAGAGAUCUUUUUGUUUUCUUGUGAGAAUGAAGUAAUUUAUUACCCCGUUUUUUUCUUAAUGUUCCAAAUGUUUAUAUGUUUCUUGUUUUCAAUACAUUUGAAUGGCAAAUGUAUUCGUUAAACUAGACUAGAUUCGUCAAAAUUAGAACAGUAAAAUACUUUUUAGAAUCAUGAUGAUAGAGCAAGUACAUUCGAUUUACAGUUAUACUUCGGUUAUAACGAUUUGUUUUCAUCAUUGAGCAAUAGAGAUGAUUAUCAUGAAUGAUUUUUUUUUUUUUUGGACACAAAACAAUAAAAACAGACAGAUUGAUUUUAUUUGCAAAGUUUAUGUUUGUUUGAUAUAAACGUAACCCUGUGUUUAUGAUAACGUAACAAUGUUUAGUUGGCCAUCUUGGAACCACCCGAAAAUAUUGUCGUUAACCGAUGCACUACCAUAUAUAUAUCUAUUUAUUAUGGAUUGAUUUCACCGACCAAUGUGCCCACCUCCACCACCACCACCACCACCACUUCACACACACACGCAUCAGUCUCAAACAUAAAAACGACAAAAUUGCCUCGUUGUUGUUGUGUGUGUGUGUUAUUUUCAUUGUAGAAAUUUUAAUGUGCGUUUCAGUGUAUAUGUGUGUCGUUGACAGUGUUUUUUUUUGUUGGUUUGAAUCAUCAUCACAAUCAUCAUCCAAAUAAAAUA